UGCGGGGCUCUGCGGGGAUGUGCGGGGCUCCCGGUGGCUCCCGGGAUGUCUCGGUGUGUCCCGCUGUCCCGGUCAGCGUGUCCCGGUCCCGGUGCUCCGUGCUGACCGGUUUAUUGUGUUUAAUGAAGUUAUCUCAGCUGUUAGCAUCACGGUUAGCAUUAGCGGCUAACGUUAGCAGCUAGCUCUCCUCCGGUGUACCGGCUCUCCUCCGGUCUACCGGCUCUCCUCCGGUGUACCGGGAGCAUCCCGGUGUGUUUACAGGCUGUGUCCGCCAUGCAGCCGUUAUUACCGAGCAGCACAGCCGGGUGGAGUCCAGUCCCUCAGCCGGGUGCGGUCCGUUCAUGCUUCAGGUGGAUGGUUUUCCUACUGGAGACGGUGUUCAGGCUGAUCGAUCGGCUGGCAGACUGACGGGAUCCAUGAUGGAGCUACAGACGCUGCAGGAGGCUCUGAAGGUGGAGAUCCAGAUCCAUCAGAAACUUGUUGCCCAGAUGAAGCAGGACCCUCAGAAUGCAGAUCUGAAGAAGCAGCUGCAUGAACUUCAAGCUAAGAUCACAGCGCUCAGCGAGAAGCAGAAAAAGGUGGUGGAGCAGCUGAGGAAGGAGCUGAUGGUGAAGCAGGAGCCGGAGGCGAAGCUGCAGCUGCAGGUCCAAACUCCUCCUGUAGGCGGCGACAUCAAGGCGGCCAACCUGCUGCAGCAGAUACCUGGAGGACUACAGCAGACGCUGACGGUCACGCCGGUCCUCACCACGAAGACUCUACCUCUGGUGCUGAAAGCUGCUGCCACGGCCGCCCUGCCCGGCGCGGUCCUGCCGCAACGCCCGACCGCUGUUGCUAUGGUAACCACAGCUAUCACCAAACCCGACUCGCAGAACGCCCCCAUCAACCUGCAGGUGGCCAGCAAGCUGACCAAUCAGAGCGUGGAGCCGGUGCGGCUGGUGUCCAAGAACGCCAUGGUGGUGCAGGCCACCACCACCACCGCCCAGCCAAUCAAAGUUCCUCAGUUUGUCCCUCCUCCUAGACUGACGCCUCGACCCACCUUUCAGCCACAGGUCAGGCCCAAACCGGCCACGCCCGCCAACGUCCCCAUCGCUCCGGCCCCGCCCCCGCCCAUGAUGGCGGCCCCCCAGCUGCUGCAGAGGCCCGUCAUGUUGGCCACCAAGCUGUCGUCUUCGCUGCCGUCGGCGGCGCCCAUCCAUCAGGUCCGCAUCGUUAACGGGCAGCCCUGCAGUAAGACCGGCUCCACGCCUCUGACCGGCAUCGUCAUCACCACUCCGAUCUCUGCCGCGGCCGCCCGCCUCGCCAGCCCCGCCUCCGUCGCUCCCCCGACUCCUGUCAAGCCAAUCCAGAUCAGCAGCCUGACCGCAGAGCCCAAGCAGACUGUUAAAUCAGGAGGUGGAGCAGAGCAUAAGGUUGUUGUGAGCCGCCCCUCUUCCUCGACUCCUCCGCUGUCUCCUGCUCCUCCCCGACCCAAGAAGGAGGAGAACCCAGAGAAACUGGCCUUCAUGGUUUCUCUGGGACUCGUAACACAUGAUCACCUGGAAGAGAUUCAGAGUAAACGUCAGGAGAGGAAGAGGAGGACGACGGCGAACCCGGUGUACAGCGGUGCCGUGUUUGAACCAGAGAGGAAAAAGAGUGCAGUGAGUUACCUGAACAGCCCUCUGCACCAAGGGACCAGGAAGAGAGGUCGCCCACCCAAAUACAGCAGCGUCCCGGAGCUGGGCAGCCUCACCCCGACCUCCCCCUCCAGCCCCGUCCGCCCCCUCCCCCUGCCCAGCCCCAGCUCUGGGGAUGGAGACAUCCAUGAGGAUUUCUGCACUGUGUGCAGACGCAGUGGCCAGUUGCUCAUGUGCGACACGUGUUCUCGUGUUUAUCACCUGGACUGCCUGGAUCCACCCCUGAAAACCAUUCCUAAAGGCAUGUGGAUCUGUCCAAAAUGUCAAGAUCAGAUCCUAAAGAAAGAAGAAGCCAUUCCCUGGCCCGGCACGCUGGCUAUCGUUCAUUCCUACAUCGCUUACAAAGAAGCGAAAGAAGAAGAGAAACAGAAGCUGAUGAAGUGGAGCUCUGAACUGAAACUGGAGCGAGAGCAGCUGGAACAGAGAGUCAAAGCGCUCAGUAACUCCAUCACAAAAUGCAUGGAGACCAAAAACAGCAUCCUGGCUCGUCAGAAGGAGAUGCAGCUUUCUCUGGAAAAAGUAAAACACCUGAUUCGCCUCAUCCAAGCCUUCAACUUCAACCAAGCUCUGGCAGAGACAGAAGGUAAAGAUGUCCGAGUCCAGGACGGUGCUGCAGGUGCUGAAGGUGCAUCAGAAGCCGCAUCGGUAGAGAAGGAGAAGGUGAAGGCGGGAAGUUCCUCGGCCACCAGCACCGACGCAGCCGAACAACCGGAGGAAGCUACAGGGAGCAAGCAGACAAACCAGGCAGCAGGAGACAGCAGCGUCCUAACAGCAGAUAACAGCCCCGGGGCGGGGGGGGCAGGAGGGGCGGGGGGGAAAGCUGGGCCGGAGGCGGGGGGAAAGGCUGGGCCGGAGGCGGAGGGCGGGGCUAACACAGGGACCGGUCUGCAGGCGGAGGUCUUGGUUCAGCCUGAGACCGAAGCAGCUCCGGCGGUGGUCGUUCCCACUCCGGCGGUGGUCGUUCCCACUCCGGCGGCGGUCGUUCCCACUCCGGCGGCGGUCGCCACCACCAACGGUACGGCCGAGCCGAGCGGACCCGACCGCAGCCCCGCGGGGGGGUGCGCCGCCAACUCUGAGAACAAGAUGGCUGCCGUCAACCCUCCAGAGACAGCGGCGGAGGAGAAAAAGGAGGAGAUCACUGACAGUGACGGCAGCAACACCAACAACAGCAAAACCUCAGAACCCUCCCAGCAUUGUUUGCCAGCUCUGGUCAGCAGUUCGGACAAUAAGAAGUAAAGUUACGUCUCUUCAGUCGCGGAUUCAAACAUAUAUAUAAAAAAAAGACUUUUGCUUGCACCACACGGUGCCCUGAAGUUGCCAAUCUGUAUAAAUGUUGUUUGUUUGCAUUGUAUUGUCAGACUGUGUCAAUGGUAGAUAUACAGCCCAACAUGACUCUGGAAGACGUAGGCUGGGGGGGGGGGUGGCAGGAAGGCUUACGCACCCGGGGUCAUCAUGCCAAUUAGUGAUAGACGUACGUCAGUGGUGGGAAUGCUCAAAGGGGAGAUUUAAUUCAUCAUCACACCAGUGUGUGCCUGUUCUAGUGGCCCGGUGUUUCUCUGUGUGUGUGUGUGCGUGUGGGGGGGGUUGUAUGUAUGGUGUGUGUGUGUUGGGGGGGCGGGGGGGGUACGGAGAUAACAAGAACAUGGAACCAGACAUCUGUCAGGGCUUACUGGUCUAAAAAGCAGUGUUGUGAUAGAGUGAGUGCUGAAGAGAACCUGUUCAUCCCCUCGUCCCAACCUUUAACUCCCCCCCCCCCCCCCCCCACACACACACACACAAACAACCCAACCCCCCCCCCCAAAUACACGCACACACACACACAUACACACACACACACCCCCAAACUAACCUACACUCCCUUAAACUCCCCGAACAGUCGCCUUCCCUGAUGAACCUAAACUGUUCAGCCAUGCUUCAAACGAACUGAAGUAGUCAGGUUGAUGGGAGGUUGAUGGGAGGUUGAUGGAGGAAGCCAGUCUGACAGCCGCUUUGCCUUCUAACCAACGUCUCCAUUAACACCAAUAUAAACAGUCUUCAGUCAACAACAGCCUUUAACAGCAUUAACUUUCUUAUCGGACUAAAACCCAAGCUUACCUUUUUCAUACGAGAUGUCUGAAGUUAAACAUCUUCACACUUCUGGCCAAUCACUGUGUGAAUGUUGGACUGUUAGUUUCACUUCCUGCUGAUUCCUUUAAUGUUCGACCCACACAAACUGCCUUCAUGCACCAACAUCACCUCCCCCUCCCCUAACCCUAACCCAGCCAACAGCAGAGUAGCCUGCUGACUACUACCAGCAACGUUAACCCAAUGACCGAUGACUCCUCUCUGUCCCAGUUCAUCAGUGAUUCUGUCAGACAACACUCCCAGUUACCCCCCCACCACCACCCAACAGUCCCAGUGUACCUUCCUGUCCCUUCACAUGAACCAGUGCUUUCAUAUAUGAAACCUUCUCACACUCAGCCAAUCGCUGUGGAAAUGUUUCAUUGUUGAUUUUAGAAAGUUACAGAAAACGUCCGUCUGCGGCGAUCGUUCAGACGUCAGAACGGAUUCAGACGAUCCACGAACGCCUUUAGAGUAACUUACCCAACGUCUUACCCUUCAUCCAACCAACAACCCCCCCCAGCAGGAACUCCUCCCGUCCAACCAACAGCCCACCCCCCCCACGGACCAGCAGCAGAAACUCCUCCCACAGUGAGAGGACGUUUCACUGUGUGACGAUUCAACAACGUUUAGUUUGAAGCAUCCUGAUCAACCGAUGACUUAUUCAGCAUUUUCAUUCAACAAUUAAUCGUAACACCCCCCUUUUAACCCCCCACCCAUCUUUAA